AUGUUGAUUGCAAUUUCGGGAACACUAGCCUCAGGCAAGACCGAGGUGGCUAGGUACCUCACAUUCCAAGGUUUUAAGCUUGUUGCUGUCGAUAACGAGAAUGGCGGAAACACCUCUGAGGGCCCCUCAGAGCAGUCAGAACUUGAAGCACACAAGUUUUUCAACAUCGACGACCUCUUAGACUACGUCACCGCCAAUUGGAGACUGAAUUACGUGAUUUCCCACAUAGAGGGCAUGGAGGAUCUCCAGAAACUACAGAAAAGACCAUUUUUCUUGCAUAUCAGCAUCGAUGCUCCUCUUCUCUUGAGGUAUAAACGUCAUUGCCUUAAAGGUGACAACAUCUUGACCACCGACGAGUUCACCAUCAAGUCUGACGAUCUAUUGUUCAAUGCAUCGAACCCACUAAUCGAAAUCAACAACCAGGCUCACAUUAAGAUCAUCAACACCACCACGUCGUUGAAAAGCUUAUAUGUCAAGCUUAGUGAACUUGACCUCUUAAAUCCCGAGCGACUUCGCCCAACCUGGGAUGCAUACUUCAUGAGGUUGGCAGAUUUGGCAGCAUUGAGGUCCAACUGCAUGAAAAGACGAGUUGGCUGUGUCAUCGUCAAGGAUAACCGAGUAGUUGCAACAGGAUACAACGGCACUCCACGUCACUUAACUAAUUGUAAUGAAGGAGGAUGCCCGCGAUGUAAUCAGGGCCAAGGAAGUGGAGCGGCGCUUUCGACAUGCUUAUGUUUGCAUGCCGAGGAGAAUGCCUUACUUGAAGCAGGAAGGGAUAGAAUCGCUGGAGAGAACUCCAUAUUGUACUGUAACACAUGUCCAUGUUUGACAUGCUCCAUCAAAAUUGUGCAAAGUGGAAUCAAACAGGUGGUGUAUGCUCAGAGUUACUCUAUGGACGAACACUCCCACCGGGUCAUGAGCGAGGCCAAGAUCAUUUUGAGACAAUAUGUUCCUCCCAAGGAAGGCAUUUUCGUAUAG